UUUCCUUCCCUUCCCUCGUUGCUUACCGCUAAUGGUCUUAUACAGACGCAGUUUAUCUCAUAUAACCGAACGAAGAAGGCUCAAUGCACGCACACUAUCUCUGCCGCUGUCCAAGCAAUCUGUUCCUCUCGCUAGUCCUCGACUUCCGACAGAAAUGCUGGAUGAAAUCAUUCAGUUUGCUCUUGUGUUUGCCUCGAAUGACCUGGACUAUCCUGGAUUCGCUUUCAUCAGAUCUUUUACCCUCGCUUCUUCUUGUUUCCGGAAAAUAGCCUUUCGGCACUACCUUAGCACUUUAACUCUCAAUACUCUAUCGCAGUUGGAUAGUACCUUCAGGCUGCUUCUAUCGCUGGAGAAGGUGCCUGUCACAGGUGCUUUUUCGUGGGUCAGGACCGUGUAUGCACCUUCAGGAAUUCUAUCGGCUCAACCAUAUGCCUCACAACUACGUUUUCUCACCAAUAUAAACGAACUUUCUAUCAACUGCAACCACGAAGGCUUCAGUACCUAUCAACAGCGCUUUAAGCUUAUCUGCGCCAAUCUGACGUCUUACUCCCCCAUCAUGUCCCUGACUACGCUGACUCUAACUGCUCUACCGCGUAUCGAAACCAACUUGCUUCAACGGAUCGCUCAGUCCUUUCCUUCUAUCGUCAACCUCUAUCUCAGUUGCACUGAAAGACUCAACUUCUCUCAUUGCUGGUACUGCCUGGAGGACAGUCUCACGUGUACUAUGCAUUCACCUGUUCCUGAGAGAUAUCUGGAAGUUCAGGAUCUAGCUACCGCAUUUGCCAAUGCACUGAAACCCCUGAAGAAUCUCACGCACCUACAUCUAGGAGUGUUCCUCUCUCACGAAGACCUCGUCUACUCUCACAUGCAGCAUGCACCUCGCUAUCUUGGACAUCCUGAAAUCGUCUCUGCAUCCAAUGAAUGCGAUAUCUGUGCCGAUCAUGCGAAAGAAGUUCGCAUGGACGAAUUGGCAGCCAGUCUAAUCAUAGCGCAAAAAGUACGAGCCCUUCAAACAAUAGGCUGGAGUUCUUUCUUUGGAUACGGUGGUAGUGAUUGGGAUAGCAAUGGCGAGAAGGCCGAUGGCAAUGGCUCCGACAAUGAUGGAGAAGGAGAAGUCGAGGACACCAGUUCAGAUAUUGUUGGAAACGACUUCAAGACAAAGGUCUGGAUUCUGAGAAAGAAUGGCCGGGUGCGAGUGCGACGAUUGCCGUGGUGAGAGCUGAGCGCUAACCCCGAACGGCACCUUUACGAUUUUACCGAGCGUUCUUUUCAUGGCAUUGUGUGCGAUUCUAGACGCUGUUACUAUACUUGCUGCUUGAUUUCCUUUACUUUCGAUGAUAAGUAUUGUAUGUACGAUGUUCGGACUGUAUUGCCACUACAACAGAAGG